AUCUCCAACUUGCUGCUGAGCUUGGGAAGACGUUACUGGAUCGGAACACGGAAUUGGAGGAUUCUCUCCAGCAGAUGUACACCACCAAUGAGGAGCAGCUGCAGGAGAUCGAGUACCUGACCAAGCAGGUGGAGCUCUUACGGCAAAUGAAUGAACAGCAUGCAAAAGUCUAUGAGCAGUUGGAUGUCACAGCCAGGGAACUGGAAGAAACAAAUCAAAAGCUGGUUGCUGACAGCAAGGCCUCACAGCAAAAAAUUCUGAGCCUGACAGAAACCAUCGAAUGUCUGCAGACCAACAUUGACCACCUGCAAAGCGAAGUGGAGGAGCUGAAGUCAUCUGGCCCAGGGAGGAGGAGACAGAGGAGGUGUGAUCACGAGAGAGCCGCACCCAGCUUCUCCUGCCUGAAAGAGCUCUAUGACCUCCGCCAACACUUCGUUUAUGACCACGUGUUUGCCGAGAAGAUCGCUUCCUUGCAUAGCCAGCAAAGCCCUGAAGAAGAAGAAAACGAGCACCUGAAGAAGACGGUGACGAUGCUGCAGGCCCAGCUGAGCCUGGAGCGCCAGAAGCGCCUGACCAUGGAGGAGGAGUACGGGCUUGUGCUGAAGGAGAACGGUGAGCUGGAGCAGCAGCUGAGAGCUGUCGACGCCUACCAGGCCCGGGCUCUGGAGUUGGAGGCCGAGGUGGCGGAGAUGCGGCGCCUGCUGCAGGCGGAGCACCCGUGCGUGAAUGGGGUGGAGGAGCUGCUGCCAGGCCCUCUGUGGGUGCCUUUCAGGGAGCCCAGCCAGAGCCUGCUGGAGGAGAUAUUCCUGACUGUCUCCGAGGCGUACGGGAAGCCGCUCAGGCGCAGCAGCAGCGAUACGGUCCUCAGCGGCCUGGCCGGGGGUGACGUCGUGAGGGGCCACGAGGAGACCUGCGUCCGGAGGGCGAAGGCUGUGAAGCAGCGGGGCGUCUCCCUGCUGCACGAAGUGGACACGCAGUACAGCGCCCUGAAGGUGAAGUACGAAGAGCUGCUGAGGAAGUGCCAGCGGGAGCAGGACUCCCUGUCACACAAGGCGGUGCAGACCGCCAGGGCCCCCGCCAGAGACCCGGCGAGAGCGGAUCCCCAGGCCGAGCCGGGUCCCAGCGGCUGGGCACCUUCCUGUGUCGCCCCCGAGCGCGUCGGUUCUCCUGCCGACGCUGCACCUCCGGAAUACAAGGCGCUGUUCAAGGAGAUCUUUAGUUGCAUCAAUAAAACCAAACAGGAAAUAGAUGAACAGAGAACAAAAUACCGAUCUCUGUCCUCUCAUUCUUAACGAACCGCCAGCUCCGCUGCCGAUUCGCCUGUUUCCCACCAUCUCUGUCUCCCAUUCUGACAACUGCUCAUGGACUCCUCACUUUGCUUAUUUAGCAAAUGCAGACAGCGAGGAAAGCAGAUAGCUACUGCUGCCAUUCUACAAUGCAAUUCAUGUAAAACCCCCUAGGAAAUGCCGGGACACACUGGCAUCCGGCUGGUGCAGAUUAAACUGCAGUUGCUAGAAGAGCAGCAGAACCAGUGGAGGGAGCUCCACGAUCCGGGAUAAACAGGCCUAGAGUUACUGUGGGGUGAGGGGCAGAGUCAGAGCAAAGCUUAGGCGAUAGCUCUUGCCUCCUUGCUCGGCUUCUCCAAACCAGAGCGCUGCUGCGCCAGGGUCCUCUGCAAACGCUGCUGACAGCUGUGAGUUCAUUUGGAAGAAUAUUCAGGACAAGGCAGGAGUCUCAUCCCAAGUAAAUGACAGAAACAAAUGCUUUUCAGACUUGCGUUUUGUUACGUCUGCCACCAGUGGAACUGUGACUGGCGGAUAAUCCUGAUCUGUCCCUGUCUACUGAAGGCCAGAUCGAAAUGACAACGCUGACUUGAUCAAAACAUGUGAGUGUAUAACCGUCAAGGGCUCCAGCACCCGCGUUCAGAUGUUUUACUCAAAGCUGUCGCUGUUAGGAUAGGUGACGGUGUAAGUCUUUAAUUUCCUUUCUCAAAUUCAGACUAGACGACAAAGAUCAAAGCCCUUCCUCUCAGAGGUGUCGUGAGCUGGAAGACCUGCUCCCCAGAAAGCUGCUCCUGCUCCGUUUUUAUCAUUGCUGUAAAUAAUUUGACUUGCUGCAGAAAUUCUUAUUUACUACUUUAUUAAGCAGUAUUGAUAUUCCCAACUGUGGAAAUAUACUUGUCUUCUCACUUGCAUAAUGUUAAUUUAAAACUAUUUAAGAGAACUGAAAUUCUGAUUAUUGUAUAUAUUUUUCUAAAAGUCAAAUAAAGCUACCUAUGAAAGUAAAUGGA